UAAUAGACCCCAAAAAGAGAACCGAAAAAUCGUAAGAAAAUCGAUUCAUAUUUGCCUUUGUACUUCCGACGUUCAUGGUUCAUCCUCGCGGUGGCAUCACCGGAGAGUCGGGGACGAGUUUGAACGUGCAAAGCUUAGCGAGACGCGAGUUUCUCUGACACUAUAACAAGUUGUAUUGGAAUGGAGAGCCCAGAAAGUCGAACAGAUGGUAGCAGUUGUGUUGAGCCAACUCAAGAGCCACUGUUAUUUGGGCUUCCAGAUGAUAUUGCACUCUUCUGCUUGGCUAGGGUUCCUCGAGAGUAUCAUACGGUUCUGAAGCGUGUCUCAAGGAGAUGGAGGGACUUAGUGUGCAGUGAAGAGUGGUAUGCUUACCGUAGAAGGCAUAAUUUAGAUGAAACUUGGAUCUAUGCUCUGUGUAGAGACAAGCAUGAGCAGGUUUGUUGUUAUAUAUUGGAUCCCAACUCUUCAAGAAAGUGCUGGAAGCAAAUCAAUGGGCUUCCACCCCGUUGCCUGAAGAGGGAAGGAAUGUGUUUUGAAGUGUUGGGAAAGAAACUUUACUUGAUGGGUGGCUGCCGGUUGUCUGAAGAUGCUACUGAUGAGACCUACUGUUAUGAUGCUUCCAUGAACACUUGGACUGAAGGAUCAUCCUUAUCUACUGCAAGGUGUUACUUUGCUUUUGAAGUUCUGGAUGAGAAAAUCUAUGCAAUUGGUGGACUUGGCUUAAGUUCAAGUGUUCCUUACUCUUGGGAUGUAUAUGAUCCUUGGACAAACAAUUGGAAAUCUUACUUGGAUCCCAACAUUGUUCCUGGAAUUGAAGAUUCUAUUGUCUUGGAUGGGAAGAUCUAUAUUCGUUGUGGCAGAUCUUCUAUAACUUCUAAUGUGUAUGUUGUAGUUCAUGAACCAUCAAGUGGCACUUGGCAGCAUGCAGAUGCUGACAUGGCAUCAGGCUGGCAGGGUCCUGCAGUUGUUGUAGAUGAAACCCUUUAUGUGCUGGAUGAAAGUUUUGGAACAAGGUUAAUGAUGUGGAAGAAGGACGUUAGGGAGUGGGUUCCAGUUGGGAGGCUUUCACCCCUACGUACAAGGCCACCCUGCAAGCUUGUUGCUAUUGGGAAGAACAUUUUUGUGAUCGGCAGGGGAUGCAGCACAGUAGUUGUUGAUGUGAGCAACGCCGGGAAUAUGGGAGGUUUUAUGGUGAGUUCCUCCAUGCCUAAACUUACUUCUAAUGAUGAAGUGAUUAGCUGUAAAUGUUUGUCAAUCUGAAAUUCUGAAGCCAAAGCUUGUUAUUAUGUUGAAAUUCUUCUUGUGUAUUAUUAACAUGCAAUAUUCUUCCCUGGAAAUAGAAAUUGUUGUCCUUAAACUGUAACAUUUGACCCUUUUCAUACAUUUGAAUCAAGCUUUCUUUAUUCU